ACCAUGACGACAGGUGCGCGCUUCUAAAUGGCGUCUAUAUGUGACAAUAGAAGGGGAGUGAAAGCGUCAUAGGACUCCAGGAAUACUAUUUCAUACGUGAAUGGGAGCGAUAUUUUUUAAAUAAGAUUUUGUCAUGUGUGAAGUUGGUGAAGAGACUAUGCCGACUAUAGAAGAAAGGGAACGUUUAAUGAACACCUUAACUCCACACUAUAGUGGUUUUACACCUCGGCCAGUUGAGCAGCUAUCAAGGCAAAGAAAACCACAAACCUCGUUAGACAUAGAAUGCCACCAUUUUCUCCGUACCAAAUCUAAGCACUUCACCCAUGGAAACCCAACUCUUGAAUACCGUCUGUGGCUGGAGGCAGGGAAGCACAAGCCACCAUUUCCAGAGCGACCAGAUUCCAGUUAUAACAGCAAUGUCUGGCGGAACUUUAGGCGCCAUUAUGGUUUUGAUACAACAGCUGAUGGAAGGAAAAUGUCUGACGUUAUAGCGGCCAUGUAUCCACUGAACAUUCCAGCUCCAUCCAAAGUGGGGGAAAAUACAUUUCAUAAGUACAUCACGGAGUCGCGGAUAUUUGAAGAUGACAAGUACAAGAUGGUGGCUAUCCAGAGGACGAAGGCCGAUGUGCAGGAGUUCAAGAAACUGAAGAUAAAGACAGAGUCCAGGAAUCCUCCAUUAGAUGAAGAUGGAAAUAUUCUGCCACCAGAAAAUUACAAGAGAUAUGUUCCCCAUUUCUUUGCCCCCCAAGAAUUGCCCCCAUCUCCACAGGUGUACCACAAGACGGACAUGUUCGGGCAGCUCUAUGUGCCCCGCUCGAGACCCCGCCUGUAUCAGCUCACCUAUGCCAUGAACCACCCAGAGUAUGACGCCAUUAAGAAAGAGAUUAUGCUUCGCCGGGAAAUGCUGGAGAAGAGGAAGGAACAACCUGGACCGUCGCGGGUGAUACCAACGCCUACCUCAGCAAAAUACUUCUGAGGCAGGGCAGAUAACUCUGUACACUGCUAGAACUGUGUCUCUCCUUGCUGUGCAGAUCAAGAAAUGUGUUUAGUAUACAGUAAAGGAGGGUGGCUCUUUAAAGCAGAUUAUAAGUUAAUGUGACAAGUGGUGAAGCUACCAUUACGUGUGAAAUACUAGUAUGGAAUGUAGGGUCCGGGGUCCAUAUUCCUGAGAAUGCUCUCAAAACCCGUCCAAGAGCCUCUUCCACAAAGUGAUGUUACUGCUACGACUGUCAAAGACUGUGAUAACAGUUUGGAGGUUAGAAUCAUCGUAGCUCUAAGAUCCUUUGCAGACAUUGAUUUACUGAUCCACAUGCAUGUCUUGUAUGCUCAAAACACAAAUAUUCUUACGAAAAAAUAUGUUAAAUAUGGCAUUGUCCUGGAGGCACAAAGACCAGGCUUUCUAUGUGGCUGUGAUGAGCUAUCCAAGGUAUUGUUGUUGAAAAAUAACAAUAUCCUCUUCUAAAGUGGAGUGGUAUAGUGUUAGUAAUGUUUUUCAAAGUUUCAUGCUCAAUAUGUAUGUAUAUACUCCGAAGCCAUUUCAAGUAUUAACCAAGUCUGUGCUAAAAUCACGGAUGUGUCUAAGCACAGAUUUCAGAAUGACUUUCAGUGCAUUUUACUGAAAACAAUGGUUAUUUUAAGCUCUGUUCAUUUGCCUAAAAGGAAUUGACAGCAGUAAAACCAGUGAUUAAGGCACAGACUGGUAACAUCAGAAUGUGUUUAUGAUGUUCACACGAUCGUAUUAAGACUGAGAUUACUGAGAUAGGAUACCUCUCUGGAUGAAAAUCUGACAACACAAGGUUGUGUCAAGUUGAACGUCCUACCCAAUUAGUGUUGAAACAUCUGAAUACUUGAACCCAGGAAUCGAAACGAGGCCUUCCUCCUGAAAAGCGAAACCCAUAAAGGUCCGGGUUAGAAUGUUGACUUUCAGUAACCCAUGCUUGUCGUAAGAGGCGACUAACGGGAUCGGGUGGUCAGGCUCGCUAACUUUGUUGACACAUG